AUGGUACAACAGGUGUCUCUGGUAUCUAGAAUCCAAGAGUCUCAACUGCAGUUGAUCUUGGAGACGUUGAAGUCUCUAACGGGUAUGGUGCCCGCAAGGCUCUCAACUUAUACUGUUAUUUUAACUCCAAAGUUUCCUUAUAGUCCUGAGUUCCAGACUGGAAAAGUCAACCAAAUCGAACAAUACAAGAUGAGAAUGUCCACCGAAUGGAAACAGGACGUUGAGGAUCCUAUUGAUAACACAAUUGAAUUAAAAGACUUUGAAUUGUUUAAUAAGAAACAUCUUGAAGCUCUUAAUAAGGAAAAUCGUAUAUGGACCCUUCAAAUAUCGGACGUUCCUUUGGCAGGAAAAAGAGCCGUUUCUUCACAGACACUCUACGAGUCUACUAUAUGUAGCACGGAUGAUGUGGUUGGAUAUUUAGAUGAGCUAGGAUACAUGCCUGAAACCCAAUUUUGGACUCAUGGUUACAAGUUCUACAGAAACGAUAUAGUCAUUGCAAUCUACCGAGUCUUUAUGAAACAGAAACAGGAAAGUGCUCCAAAUUCCAAAGAAAAUACCGCUGCAGCAACUAAUGGAUCUACCAGAUCAGAUACUGCUAUCGAAUCUAAGAAUACUGACGGUAUGAAAAUUGAGCUGGACAUGGACAUAGAUAUGAAGAUGGAUGUAGAUUCUAAUCCAGAGAGUAAUCUGGAGACCAAAGAGGAAACGAUAGAACCAGAGACUAGGCUAGAGCUCAUUGACAAAAGUAGAGAGUUUUUAUCAAAGCAUACGUGA